GGAAUAUUAAAUAUGCAAUAAUCAAAAAAAUAUAUUUUACAACUAAAUUUGAAGUGUAUAGAUCUCAAUUUACAUAUUUUGUUACAUCAUGGAACCGUCAUGCCCAAAAACGAGUUCCAAGUGCCGCGGCAAAGGUGGAUCGGACAGUCCUGCAGUAGACAUGGAGCCGAAACCUUUGCUUACCACCGAACCUUCUUGGAAAAAUCUUCAACAAUAUUACGAAAAUAAAGGAAACAAACUGGUUAUUAAAGAUUUAUUUGGUGAAGAUCCUAAACGGUUUGAUUCUUUCAGUUUGACAAUCUCAACUCCAAAUGAUGGUGAUAUCCUCAUAGACUUUUCAAAAAAUCGCAUCGACCAGGAAGGUCUUAAUCUACUUUUUGAUUUGGCAAGAGCUAGAAAAGUUGAGGAGGCUAGGGAUGCUAUGUUUAAUGGUUCAAAAAUCAAUUUUACUGAAAAUCGUGCUGUUUUACAUACUGCCUUGAGAAAUAGAGCAAACAAACCUAUUCUUGUAGAUGGAAAAGAUGUGAUGCCUGAUGUGAAUGCUGUCCUUGAGCAUAUGAAAGAAUUUACCAACAGUGUUUUAUCAGGAAAAUGGACAGGUUAUACUGGAAAGGCAAUCACAGAUGUUGUAAAUAUAGGAAUUGGAGGAUCAGAUUUAGGUCCUUUGAUGGUUACAGAAGCUCUUAAACCAUAUAAUCAAGGUUUAAAAUUGCAUUUUGUGUCAAAUAUUGAUGGUACACAUCUAGCAGAAGUAUUGAAAAAAAUCAAUCCUGAAACUGUACUCUUUAUUAUUGCAUCAAAAACUUUUACUACACAAGAAACUUGUACAAAUGCCAAGUCUGCCAAGGAUUGGUUCUUAGGAAGUGCUAAAGAUCCUGCUGCCGUAGCCAAACAUUUCGUAGCAUUAAGUACUAAUGCAGAGAAAGUUUCUGAAUUUGGAAUUGACACUGCCAAUAUGUUCGGAUUUUGGGAUUGGGUAGGAGGUAGAUAUUCGCUGUGGUCUGCAAUUGGUUUGAGUAUAUCUUUAUCGAUAGGAUUUGAUAAUUUUACUCAGCUUUUAGAAGGAGGAUUUUUCAUUGACCAACACUUUAAAUCAGCUCCAUUAGAAAAAAAUGGACCCGUCAUUUUGGCUCUUUUGGGUGUUUGGUAUGGAAAUUUCUUUGGAGCAGAGACACAUGCUCUUUUGCCAUAUGAUCAAUAUCUUCACAGGUUUGCUGCUUACUUUCAACAGGGUGACAUGGAAAGUAACGGAAAAUACAUCACACGUGGUGGCGAACAGGUCAAUUUCCAAACUGGUCCAAUUGUUUGGGGUGAACCUGGUACUAACGGCCAACAUGCUUUUUAUCAACUUAUCCAUCAAGGAACUAGAAUCAUUCCAGCAGAUUUUAUUGCUCCAGUCAACACUCACAAUCCCAUAAGUGAUGGUACACAUCACAAAAUUCUUUUAGCAAAUUUCUUAGCACAGACUGAGGCUUUGAUGACUGGAAAAACACCUGAACAAGCUAAGGCAGAAUUGGAAAAACAAGGACUGAAAGACGACGAUUUACAGAAGAUUUUACCACAUAAAGUAUUUCUGGGAAAUAGACCAACUAAUAGUAUUGUUGUUAAGAAAGUGACUCCUUUCACACUUGGGGCCCUAAUUGCAUUAUAUGAACAAAAAAUUUUUACACAAGGAAUAAUUUGGGACAUUAACUCGUAUGAUCAGUGGGGUGUAGAAUUGGGUAAACAAUUGGCUAAAGCCAUUGAGCCAGAAUUACAGGAUUCAACUCCAGUCUCUUCUCAUGAUGCAUCCACAAAUGGGCUUAUCAACUUCAUCAAGGCUAAUAGAUCCUAGUUCAUUUCAUGAUAGUCAUAUAUUUAUGUUUUUAGUAAAUAUUUAUAUACAUAUAUAUGUUGAAACUAUUAUUAAUAAAAUUUUAUGGCACUUUUUUGUUCAGUUGUA